AUGCGUCUUAGCAGCUUACUUAGCUGGCGAAAGCCCGUCGUCGUCGAGAAGAAGGAGCCCGAGUUUGUUUACCCAAAGGGCUGGAACGCCAGGUUGGGUGGCUAUUAUCAGACAGAGGAGGAUCGAAGAAGAGAGCGAGAAGAAGAAGAAGAGUAUUUGCGCAAUGGAGACCCCGAUGGGACCUAUCAAUUCCAUACCGACUGGUACCGCACCCAGUCGUACGUGAUCAAAGAUCGAUUCAAUGCUCCGUACUGGGACCCAUACGAGAACGACGUGCUUCUAGUACGUCCAGAACCCCCCCCGCCCAAGCCACCCUUUAAACGCUAUUUCGUACUGGCGUUUUUAGUAUGGGCGCUCAUGCAUUGGCUUUAUGCCCGCCACCUCCGCAAAAAGGCCGCCCAACAGCGCGAACUGGAAAUCCGCCGUGCGCAUGGCAUCCCAGAUCACGACACGCGAGAUUGGGAUAUCGCCUACGAAGCAAGCAUCAGACGUAGCAAAUAUUACGAGAACAAGUGGAGAGUCAAGAAUGGUCUCUACCCGCUCGCCAACGAUAAGAAUGGACAGCCGUACCUUCUCAAAAAGUGGGGACGCCGUUUUAAGCCUAUUCCGCCCCCGCGACCAUGGGAAGAAAUUGAAGCAGAAAAGAUUCGGUUAUGGCGCCUGGAACGCAGGCGUGAAUGGAAGAAGCAACAGAUUGCAAGUGGAAAAGCAUGCAUGCCUCCCGGUGGUCUUGACUUAUCCGACGAAGAGGCCUGGGACGACGAGUUUGACGGUGUAUAUCUCCGUCAGAUCGAAGACCCGAAUGAUCCCAGAAGGUUUUCGCCUUCUUUCCAGGCAAGAAUGUUGGACCCUAUUGAUCAACGCGAGCCAACUCCUGUAAUGCAUGGACCUAGUCCUGCCAAGCAGUUUCCAGGAGAAUAUCCGCCUACCCCUAUGUCCCCGUACAUGGAGCUUAUGCUCAACGCACCACCGGUUCCAGACUGGGAUAUGUCUCGACCUUGGCAAUACUGCCCACCAUACGUCUACCAGGCACCACCUCGAGACAAGAAGUUGACCGGUUUGCAACUCGUCCUCGCCCCCAUGGUUCCCGUUGGCCUACCAGCCCCAUCGCCCGCACCUGAAAAACCUCAAUCCACCCGAUCCAUGAGUGCGGCAUCAUCUACUCGGUCAAGCAAGAAGCGUUCUGCACCUGAAGAGCCCACCGACGAUGAAGAGCGUGCAGCGAAGCGACAGCGUACAGGUACUCCAUCGGCUGCAGCACCAGCAUCACCCUCGAAGCAAACACCCCCACCAGCUGCUUCUGCUGAUGCACCCCGAGGUGUUAAGCGAUCGCGUAGCCGCGAGAGUGGUGAGGAAGAUGGACCGCGCAAACGGAGCAAGUCGGGUGACGAAGCGGCCCCCAAUCCAGAGGCCAAUGCCGACCCUACUGCCGAGCAAGUCCCACCGGUACCAGAGGAAGAGGUCAAGCCAGAUUUAACGGCAGAGUGGCGAGCUAUGAUGGAGGUCUUCAUGGAAGAAGGAAGGAGAAACGCCCCUUACAAGGAGAUGCAAUGGGGACCCGAUCCUCCGCGACCAAGGAGAAGAAGAAUACCCACUCUUGCUCAGGGAAAUCCCUCCGCGACGGCUGCGGCGUCUGGUGGCAAAAAGAAGACAUCUCCUAAAGAUUCGUCAAAGAAGUCGUCUGGCCCCGGCCCUGUGCGCACCUCCAAACGACCUUCGUCUGAUGAGCCGCCAAAGGAAAAGAAACCGCCAAAGAUUGUCAAAAGGACGACAAAGUUGAUCACUACCCAACGAGGAACGCCCGUGCUGUCCGUCGAGAUGAUGCUUACCGAGACUGGCGAAACGCUUAUGGAGUUUUCGCCACCAUCUCAAAGUCAACCUGCCCCAAAACCCAGGCCAGUGACGCCACCUCCACCACCCCCGCCCGUCGAACGUGCUCCGUCGCCUGUGCCACCUCCAAAGCCGACACCGAAACCACCGCGUCCUCAGAUGACGCUUCCAUUGCAAGCACCAGCGCCACGAAAGUCUCUGCCGCCAAACCCAGCCCUUUCUCAGACGCCAUUGCCGGCAUCACAGUUGAUCUUGAAAGGCGCUCCGAAACCUGCAUCCAAGAAGCCAAGGGUUCCUCCUCACCUCGUCAUGUACAGGGCAUCAGAGCACGGAAAUAAGCCCCUGAAGCCGUCACCUCUUUCUUCGAAACCGCCCAUUACUGCUGGUCAAUCCGACGAUGAGGGCGUAUCUCAGGCAACUGGUACUCUGACUGUCGUCGGCCAACACCUCUCGACCCCCGCGGAUCAAGCUACCAUGACAGCCCUCCCUUCCUCUUCUUUUGCGAGUACUAGUUCUGCGGACCCAAGCACUCUGCCAAUGACCGUCGCGGCUAUCCCAUCGACACCAGGCUCCGGCCUACCUCUCGAUGGGGUGCCACCCGCGGUCGGAUCAUCCCAAUCUGUGCAGCAGCCGUCUACUCUCGUCUCACCUACUGAAGAUGUCGAGAUGGACCAGGUACCCGCAAAGGUGGAGGAAGAAGAUGGCGAGGCCAUGAUUAGCCUGGAUAACCUUCCGCCAUACGUACCGAGUAGGGCGAUUCAAGAGUCGAGCGCAGAGGUAGACCGCCGUGCAGCUCAACGUGCAAACCUGGCAACAGACUUCUUUACGCAUGAAAUGGACCCAACACCUUUUCUUGACACUCUGAUGGAACUCGCAGACUCGACUUCUGACUCAUCUUCCCCUAAUGCUGAUCUCGUCACUUCGAUCUCCAAAUCUUUUGACCUUUGGACGUCGUAUCCCUUCUCUGAUCAACGCCGAUAG